AUGGUUGUGGAGAGGACACUUCUUGCUGCAAGGCAAGGUGACGUACAAACUCUGAAAGUACAUUUAGCGGAAAAAGUGCUUAACAAGGAUGUCAAGGAUAUGCUCGGAGCGACCCCUGUUCACCACGCUGCCCGGGCGGGGAGGUUAAACUGUCUCCGGUUUCUUGUGGACGAGGCACGUUUACCGAGUAACAGCCUGGCUAAUAAUGGCGCAAGUCCUGCACACGACGCUGCUGCCACGGGAAACCUGGCAUGCUUGCAGUGGCUCCUAACGCAAGGCGGCUGUCAUGCAUCGGCUAAAGACAGCUCAGGGGCCACCAUCCUCCAUCUGGCUUCCCGCUUCAGCCACCACGAGAUCACUGAUUGGCUACUGAAGAGCGGGGCAGGGAAUCCCAGCAUUGCCACGGACACAGGGGCUCUUCCUGUUCACUAUGCUGCUGCUAAGGGGGACUUGCCCUCGCUUAGACUACUAUUAGGACACAGCCCAAAUGUUGUUAAUUUCCAAACCAAGAACGGUGCCACACCUCUAUACCUUGCAUGUCAGGAAGGACAUCUAGAAGUUGUCCAAUACCUGGUUAAGGAAUGUGGGGCGGAGCCAAGUAUUAGAGCCAAUGAUGGAAUGACGCCUCUGCAUGCGGCUGCCCAAAUGGGACACAACACUGUCAUUGUUUGGCUGAUGAGCUUCACAGACGUCAGCCUGUCGGACCAAGACAAAGAUGGCGCCACUGCCGUGCACUUCGCCGCCAGCCGGGGCCAUGCCAAGGUGCUCGGCUGGCUCCUCCUUCACGGCGGUGAGAUUGUGAAGGACGGCUGGGGCGGGACCCCCCUCCAUGACGCAGCGGAGAACGGAGAACUGGAAUGUUGUCAGAUUCUAGUGGUGAACGGGGUAGACCUCAGAAUUCAGGACCAGGAUGGUUUCACUGCAGCAGACCUGGCUGAGUACAAUGGCCAUCUGCAGUGUGCCAAGUAUCUACGCACAGUUGAAAACAUGAGCGUGGAGCACCGCGUCCUGUCGCGGGACGCCUCUCUGGAUCUGGACUAUAAGCAGCCUGACUCGGGCCUGUCGUCUCCGCAUGCCACGCUGAUGACAGCGGCCGGCGCCACCACCGAAUUCCACGCGGGCUCCCCUUCUAGCUCACUGUCCAAUUACGACUCGGCCAACUCCAGCCAGUCCAGCACAGGGGAGAAAAAGAGCAGCCCGCCACCAGCACGAGCAGCAGCAGAGUCCUCCAUCACUGACAUGCAGACGUACAUGGACAUGCUGAAUCCUGAUGAGGCUGUUGGGGGCCGCAAGGAGGAGGAGCCAGCGCAGCCUCCGCCCCCUCCCUCUUUUCCUCCCCCUGCCCCUCCACCUAACUCCGCCCACCACUUGCCACCUCCCCCCAUGUAUCCCGCACCCACACCGCCUGAGGAGGCGGCAUCGGCCGAGUUCCUGAAGGUGAAGAGUAACCUUCGUCGUGUGGACAACUGCACUGUGAAGAAAGAGCUGUCAGAGGGGGAACACCCAGACAGACUGCGGCGGGUCGACUCCAACAGGAAGUCACGCAGCUUUAGCAAGCAACCCAGCACUGGGGACUACUACAAGACCCUGGGGACGGACGCCACGGACCAGCGUUCCCGCCAAGCUAUGGCACCUAAUGAGGAGGGUUCUGCGCUGCUGGAGGAACCGGCGGAUGUGGUGCCUGAGCCUCCAAAUGGAACAGGGCCCCCCGAGGAGGUGCCUGCACCUCCCCCGGCUCCCCCGCUGCCCAGCGGCGGCAUCAACCCCACCCCGAGCCCUCCUCCACCUCCGCCCCUGCCCUGCGAGAUGCCCACACCUCCCCAGAGCACCACCGGCACUGCACCUGGACCGUCAAGCCGCUUGUCCUCCUCCUCCUCGAGCAGCACUAAAUCCUUCAACAUGAUGUCCCCUACUGGAGAUAACUCAGAGCUUCUGGCUGAAAUCAAGGCCGGAAAGAGUCUGAAGCCCACACCCCAAAGUAAAGGCUACACGACUGUCUACUCAAGCUGCGGGACCACGGGGAGCAACGGAGAACACACAAUGUCACCACCUCAGCCCCAAUCUCAGCCCCAGCCUCAAUCCAAUGUGCUCAAAUCGAUAAAGCCCACAUCUUCCUCCUCCUCCUCUUCAUCCACGCCCACAGCAACUCCCACGGCCUCUAGCCCCCGGAACCUCUCCAGCUCACAAAGCUGCGAUCAACUGCCCGCGGUCGUUAACGGCAACGGUGCCUCGGGCCACAGCAGCAAGUCCAGCCUGGUGGAUAUAGAGGCCCUGGUGCCCACCCAUGACGAGCAGGGCCGGGCCAUUCCUGAGUGGAAGAGACAGGUGAUGGUGCGCAAGCUUCAAGUAAAGAUGCAGGAGGAAGAGGAGAUCAAGAGAAAGGUUGAGGAAGAGACUGCCCGCCUAGCAUCCCUGCCUGCCUGGAGAAGAGACAUCAUGAAGAAAAAACUAGAGGAAGAGAAGGAGCAAAAAAGAAAAGAGGACGAGCGGCUGAGGAUGGAGAAGGAAAACGAGGAGAAGUUGGAGCUGGAGCGACUACGCACGCUAGGCUACGACGAGACAAAGCUGGCGCCGUGGCAGCGACAGAUCAUCCUAAAGAAAGGGGAUAUAGCAAAAGACUAGAGCCAGCUGUGCCUGUUCCUUAUCUGUUUCCUGCUCCUCAACCUCCUGCAGUUCACGCCAUUUCCCACAAUCCUCUAUUGCGUGUGCACAGUGGGCCCACUUUAAGUUUGACUGCUUGAAUUAUUACAGUGAUUAGCUAAGAGGAGGUUAUGUACAGGUAAGAGCUGAUAAAGGAUUUAUAGUUCUUUGAAAUAAGAAAUAUGUGCAAUUGUUCCAAGGGUCAAAAGACUAUAAUUUUAUAAGUGGUGCUGACCAAUUGUGCAUUUACAGAUUUUUAAAGAAAAAAAUUCACACCCCAGCAAUGAUAUUACACGUUUCAAUGCAGCUAUGUUUUGCAAAUUAUUCUUAGGCAUACACACAUGUACUGCUUUUUCCCCACACUACAUCAUUUCAAGUCUUUUGAAGUAUUUUCAUAUAUAGUAAUGUAUGUUUAGGAUCAAUGUAGUUAUUCUGCACACACAUUUUUGCAGUUUUUGAACCUUCAGACUAAUCUGAUUAAAACAGACUAAUUUGAAUAAAAGCAUCAGUUCAAAAACAUGUUUGGUAUGGAAAGAUAUAUUAGUACACUGAAAUAUUUCAGACAGAAAAGACUUUUACAAGGUACGCAAAUUAUUAAGUAACAACAAUGUGCACAACCUACCUUAGAUGUGUCUUCUCUUAGGAUAUCAAGCCUAUUCUUCCCUUUUCAGUCCAGGAAUGUUAGAUUAGUUAAUAAAUGAGUAGGUAAAAACAAUAUACGUUAUUCUUCAUGAAUAUAUUUCAGAUUGGGGGGGGGGGGUUUUCUGAUCAGGAAAAUGUAUGUAGCUUAUCACAUAAGAACACCAGAAGAGGGCAUCAGACCUCGGUGUCAUGAAUUCCAUUAUGUGGUAUCCCACAAGGCCACAUGUGGGCCUGUUUAUUCCAUGCACAAUCCGUGACUGUUACUCUGCAGUUAUGAAGCUAAAUUAAAUGUUACUGCAAGUAAUAUGUAAAUGUUAGACUAACAUGUAAAUGUUAGACAAAAAAAGUUCAAUACAUUUAGGUGUGCAUAUUUCCAAUAAAAUUAGGACACAAAUUUUAUAUCAGAACCAGGACCCUUAUGGUGGUGAGGAGCCAAUGUCUUAAAUAUUUCACUUAGCUAUGUAUUAAUUACACACUUUCUGUCCUAAUAUCGCACCUGUGAUGUCUGUAGAGAUGUUCCAAACCGGAAAGUUUACAGUGGCUGCAAAGGAAUUGUUGUGUAACAGAUUACAUUCUUGUUUCACUAUUGUACACCUUAUAUAUAAACACAUACACUAUCCUUAUGUGACCAAAAUAUCCUUAUCAGAAGAAAGUUUUUCUGCUUUUCUUCUUAGUGGUAGUACCAGGACCUCUGAAAAGUGCCGGAUGUGUCUUUGUCUGAAUGCACAUUUAUAUAUGUAGUGUCCAUCCUGUGUCAUUACAUGUGUGCUAGGUAAACUUGACAGAUUUUCAGUGUACAUUUGUUAGUUUUUCUUUUUGGAAAUUGUAAAAAAAAAAAAAUUAUAUAUAUAUAUAUAUAUACACACAUACAAAUAUAUAUGUAACACAUGGUCCUCUUUGAGUUAUUGACUGGAAAUAAUCUUAAUUCAUUUGAUGCCAUAAUGAUUAAUCAAAUAUAUGUGAACGCAUUGCCAUUAGAAGAUUUUCUAUUCACGACUAAUGUAUAUAGCAAUACUGAGAAACUGUUAACGAACUUACACUAUGUUCUAACAAAUUUUUUUUCUUUUCAGCCUUUGCUUGCAACACACUAAUUAUUGUAAACCUUCAAUUUCAGACUAUCAAAUGAAACUGAAUAAA